AUAUGGGGCGUGCCUCGCCAAUUUGUGUCACGGUACUCCGUACCCAGCCUGGAAAACAAUCUCCUUUCUUAUAUACCGCGAGGUUCAACCGCCGCCGCCCUUCUCUUUCUUUCCUACUGAUCGCCGUGCGCGAAUUCAAUGUUUUCGAUAUUGCUGAUUUUACUUCCAUCUAUAUACUUCAUGAACUGAAGUAGAUGGGUCAAUGGACCGCUUGCGUACAUCCCAAUUAGCUUCCGUUGCCCUUCUUUUUCUGAGCCAUUUCAUCGCGGAUGCUUCCACCAUCACUUCAACUGUCACAGAUAUUCCGCCCACUAUAGUAGGAUACUAUACUCGUGACCACGAGGGCAGCACCACAGUCGAAAAUGUAUCUUGCCCUCAGCCUCUCCACUUCAGAACAUCAGGCAUCUAUGGCUACUGCUGCCACCCCAGUAGUACUACGCGAUGCCCACUCGCAACGCAAUGUAGAGAUGGUAUAAUAGAGGGGCCCUAUCAUACAAGCGAAUGGUAUGCCCUACUUCACGCGCAAAGACUCCAAAGUUUCCCCACCGGUAUUAACCAAUGCGCUACUAUCUUAUCGUUCUCCUAGCACGCAUUGCGUUACAAUGUCUGUCUACGAAUCAUUUCAUAUGGUAGCUCCGUCAGUGACCUAUAUUCAAUGUCGGAAGAAUUGGCCGGUGUUGACACUUCAUCGUCAUCUCGCAAUUCCCCAAACGACGUCUACUGGUAUAGCUUCACAGCCUCGGAAUGAGAGAUUAACAGCGGCUCACCCUUUCCAAUUUCCAGAUACCACUAUACCCACUUCACCCGGGGAGACCACAAACUCGAGUUCGCUGCAAACAUCCCCAGGCGGCAUACCGGCCACUCCAAUUACACCGACAAGGACUCAAAUCGCGACCCCGUCGCCUGGUGACUUCUCCGAGAAAUUCCCCGAUGAAAAGAAAGUAGAAGCAGCGAAGAUAUCCAGUAUAAUUAUUGGAACGAUCCUAUUUAUCGCGAUAGUCAUUCUUGGACUCUUACUAGGCCGUAGUAAGUGGAAUAAAUCAGUGUCACAGACUUCACUGCGCAAAUUACACGAAGCAGAGGGAUCUACCGGACUUGUAUCGGCGCCCAUUCGAAGAAGAGUGCCAAGGCACGGCUCGCAGCGAAGCCAUACGUCAAGAGACGGGUUCAUUGCGUUCGACGAUCUCAGUCCUUCCGAAAGGUAUUCGCCAGCGCAGGAACUGCCCACCGUGGUUGAGGAGCGAUAUCACCAAGUGAGCACUGCCUCGAGCCCCAUCAGCCCCUGUGUGAGCUCGCCCCGCUAGUUGAUAGAAGUUCAUUAUUCUUUUAAUUCUACUUGGCGCAUCCCUGAUACCCCAUAAAUCUUCGCACACGGCUGGGUUAUUAUAGAAGCAUGCAUAUGUAUAGGAUCUCCAGGCUUGAAUAUGCAGCGGUUAUUGAUCGAUCGGGCACCGCUUGCUUCCCAUUUCCUAAACAACUCGUCUAUAUUUUGAAAAUAUUUGAGUUGCGGCUAGUUUCUGUGGAUUUCGAACGUCUCCAGGUACACGUGAAGUGCACGCAUACCAGUUUCCUAAUAUUUAAUUUAUCUUUAUGAUCUCUUCCCUAUAGCCCUGAUUCAAAGAUGGGAUAGGACAUUUUGAACUCUACGGUGGAAUUCAACGAAUACGGGGGUAUCUACGUCUAAUUCCCUAACAGACUUGAAUAUAACUUAUAUGUACUCGAACCUACUCUUUUGUAUUCAAGUCCUUUCUCCCAUGGCUGGAUGACCCGUCUAUUACACAUUAGACAGCGCGGUCGAACCUACUGGAGCCAAAGGAAUUACAGCUGCCAGCUAAGAAAUGUAAAAAUAUGCAUCUCAUCCCAGUUGGGGAACGUAAACUCCAAACAAGCUCAUCUUACAGCUUGCCGUACUUUCACCCUUUUAAGGCGAUACUUGUUCACAAUUCUUCGACGAGUAUAGGCCAGACAACGCUGAUAUUAUUAUCUUCCUUGAUUAUCAAUGUAACUCGCAAUGCACUCUCGCUCUCAGUACCACAAACUAGAUUAGUCAUUGAGGCAUGUUUACAAGAUGAGGAUGUUGAUGAUAUUCCCCUUUCCUUUUCCAGUGUAUGACUUUUUGACAUAUAGUUGCCAUUUGCCUGGGGGAAUUGGAAGAAGUGUCCAAAAUAAAUAAGCUCAUUCAUGGCCCAUGCGGAAGAGGACUGGUUGUCUUGUUCAAGCGACCCUAUUUUAUUGGCUCCAGUCCUGGUCACUAAAUGGGAUUAAAUAGGCCUGCUUACCUUUUUGUUCCGCGCCUCCCUCCCUACCUUGACUGCAUCUAACCCACUUAUGUUACUAUUUUGCAGGGUAAAACAAAGCAUCAAUAUUUAAUAGUAGCACUGAUGAGUUGAGGUCACCAAGCACCACGAAUGGGAGUGAGUUUAACCUCAAAUUUAAUCGGGUUUAGUUAGGGUGGUCAACUCGGGAAGGGGAGCAACGGAGCGCGGAGGAUUCAAUGAUCCGGAUAUUUUGAUAUGCAUUGAUCCUUUAAGGCUUUCCUGAAUCGAUACCCAUCAUGAGAUGAACGUAUUCACUGUUUGGCCACUUAUUCGUCAGGUAAAAUGGGGCAUUACCAUGUAAAUACUCCCUGGCCUUUGUAGAGAUUUUAGACGUGUAAUAUAUAUAUUUGUUGACUAACUAAAGUUAUAUAAUCGUUGGAAAAGGCCAAGUUAAAAA